AACACACGACGUUGACCUAUUCAUCUUAUGAAUAGUUAAAUGACAUCACUGAUGACUCAGCCAAAGUGCGGAUAAUCCAACUUAUGCAUUGCCCCAGAUCGACGUCAAGGACCUUGGGGGAAUGACAGGAUGACAUGCAUGCAAAUAACCCUAAGAUAGUCAGACAUCGCCUACCUAGAAUCUUCGAAACGGCGAUUCUCCCUCAUCCAUAACACCGCCCCAACGAACGGAGGCGAUUGAAGUGAAAUCCGGGAUUCGGGGAUCAUACCGUGAAGCUCCACAACCUCGGCGACCGCCUGACUAAUGCGGGGUUUAUCGCUGUUUUUUCACCAGUUAUCUAUCUUUUUUCCCCUCCUUCGUCUGUUCUUAUGAAACUGACCAUCUUACUCUGGAAUCCUUCUAUCUCUGCUCUACAAGCUCCGUCUUAAGUUACUAUACUAUACAUACUUAUUGAUAUAUUCACAAUGUGCAAGAAGGCUACCUGCUCUAACUGCCACAAGGCCACCUGGUGGGGCUGCGGUAACCACAUUCCUACCGUCAUGGAUAGCAUCCCUUCUGAGGAGUGGUGCACUUGCGCGCCCAAGGUGGAGCGCGAGGGAAAGGAGUACCCUCCCAAGGCUGAUAGCCUUUGACUAGCUUUCUGUGCUGUUAUGUAACGGCACAUGCUAUUACCACUACUGUCACUAUCACCACUAUUACUACCACCACUACGACAACGUCUCUGGGAGAAGCGCUUAGGAUGGGAAGGGGGAGGGUUGGCUAGGUGGUGAAUGUGUUUAAUUUACUCCGCGUGGCAUUGUAUAUACAUACAUCGAAUUUUCAUUGCUUUCUGUCC